CACUUCCGGUUACUCACAGUAGUGGCCUCGGCCCGGGUGUAGUAAGAUGGCGGCCGAUUCCACUGCAAUGCUGCGCAGCUGACAGAGUAGCAAUAUGGCUGACGUGCAGCACGUGGUGCAGUGUGUGCCGGGGCUCCCAGGAAGCAGCUGGCAUAGUAAGUGUUGCCCUGAGUGAUAUAUCCUUAGUGUCAGGUGCUGGGAGCAAGAGAGGUUUCAUGGUGCUGAAUUCCUGAAGGUUGCAAUUGAUCAGCCAUCAUGUCUAUGGACGUCACCUUUCUGGGCACAGGGUCUGCAUAUCCGUCCCCCUGCAGAGGAGCAUCGGCCAUUGUGUUUCGGACAGAGGGAGAGUGCUGGCUGUUUGAUUGUGGGGAGGGAACACAGACUCAGUUCAUGAAAAGCCCCCUUAAAGCAGGCAGAAUCACCAAGAUCUUUAUCACACACUUACAUGGGGAUCACCUGUUCGGGCUUCCUGGGUUCCUCUGUACCGUCAGUCUCCAGUGUGGCUCUACUCCGAGUAAGCAGCAUGUGGACAUCUAUGGCCCUGUGGGUCUGAGGAACUUUAUCAGAAUGAGUCUGGAAGUAUCCCACUCGCAGCUCGCUUUCCCAUAUUCCGUCCAUGAAUUGAUACCUUCAGAAGACCAGUGUCCAGCAGAGGAGUAUAAAGACUUCUCCAGUUGGGGACCAGCCAAUGGCUGCUCGCCAGAAGAGCAGACUAUCUGUGCGGACACCAAAGGUUCCUACUUGCUCCUCGAAAAUGAGCAGUUCAUCGUGAAAGCGUUCAAACUUUUUCAUCGUAUUCCGUCCUUUGGGUUUGUGAUCGCUGAGAGAGACCGGCCGGGCAAACUCAAUGUGAACAAACUAAGAGAACUCGGUAUACAGCCUGGACCUGUGUAUGGAAAGCUUAAGCUUGGUUCUCCUGUUCUCCUUGAGAAUGGACAAACUAUCUCUCCAUCGGAUGUGCUGGGAGAUCCUGUGCCAGGAAGGAAGGUUUGCAUUCUAGGAGAUUGCUCGGGCGUUGCUGCUGCGGGGGCCGCUGAACUUUGUUGUGACGCUGACCUACUAAUUCACGAGGCUACACUAGAUGAUGGCCAGAUGGACAAAGCCAAAGAACAUGGCCACAGUACACCCAAAAUGGCGGCAGAAUUUGCCAAGCUAUGUGGAGCCAAGCAGCUGGUUCUGACGCACUUCAGUCAGAGGUACAAGCCUCCUGGACAGAUCACAGAAGGGGAUGAAGACGUGACUGUACUUAAAACACAAACAGAAAAUAUUCUAAUAGGACAAAAUGUGAUUUUAGCUGAGGACUUUUUAACUGUUAACCUUAAAAUCAAGAAGCCAACAUAGGGCACGGGGGAAUGUUUUUCAUUAUUUUACUGCAUGUUUCUAAUUUUGGGCAACAUGAUUGGUAGAUUUGAUCUAGAUGUUUCCUAGAAGUUAAAAUUACUGGGGGGGAAUUAAAUUGUUUCUCCCCGUGGCCGACACUCGAUGGUCUCCAACAGGGUAAUACAAUUGUUCCUCCAUUUUGGCACGCUGAGCCGUGGGGAGAGACAUUUCAGCUCACAGCCCAUCCCCUUCCCUCCUCCCCCGUGCUGGCGAGCUAAAAUGUGAGAAUAGUUACCAGUUUGGACGGCCCAAUGGCUAAACCUGACACUAAUGGGUGCUAUAAACAACAUACAUUGAAUAUCGCCCCUGCGAUCUCCCGUCAUUUUAAGCUGGAAAUCGGGUGACAAUAAUAAUUGAAUUUCCCCCACUGUGUUUAAAUUAAAUUGCAAAACUGA